UGCACACAGAAUCAACACAAUUCGUCUAGAUCUGUGAGAUUAUGCAAACGUUACGCAACUUCCUUAAACCUGGGAGUGUGAUGUCGGUAAGUGAUGAAACACGGUAUAAAUAAGAAGGAAAAUGUGAAGAGCAUUAGAGUUUUCUAUCAUGAAUAACCAGACCUCCUGUUUAAGCUUAACCAGCUGGUCAACAACUAACCUGGUCAUCAGUGUUCUGAUGGGUAUUUUCUUCCUAAUUGGAGUUCCUGGAAACAUUGCAGUUAUUAUUGCAAUUGUUCGGCGUUUCAAAAAGAAUAAUUUUACUGUACAUCUGAUGCUGAACCUGGCUGUUGCAGACAUUUUGUGCUUGCUAACCCUGCCUGGGUGGAUCUACAGUCAACAAUGCAGCAUUAGUACACAAACCUGCAAGUUCUUCACAGCACUCGUCUACUGCAGCACAUACUCGGGUUUGAUAACAGUUACUGCGCUGAGUGUCUACCGCUGUUUACGGAUUUGGCAUUCACAGAUGUGUCCCAAAAUGGACAAGAGAAAAGAGCGGGUAUUCCUCUUCACCAGCUGGGUUUUGGCAUUGGUUUUCUCAUGUCCUGGUAUAUUAACAUAUGAGGUUACUGAAGGAGAGUGUGAAAGAAACUUGGAUUCCGAUGUGAAACUUACUUCUGCUGUACUGGAGUCGCUGCUUGGAUUUGUGCUUCCUUUGACAAUCAUUUUAAUAUCAUAUUACUACCUGCACAAGAAGGUGAACCAAAGAUUGUUUAGACACAGGCAGAGAUUGACCACACUGGUGACCCGAAUUAUCGCAAUGUUCUUAAUUUGUUGGGCUCCACACCAUAUGAUCAAGCUGGUGGAUAUUAUGGCAAAACUUUCAAAAGCAAAUCUAGAUUUAUAUAGAAGCAGUGAAAUUGUUGGAUGUCUUACUUUCAUCAACAGCUGUGUGAAUCCUUUUCUCUAUGCUUUUUCUUCAAAGAACUUACUUCAACAAAAACAGGCAGGAGAGAGACAAGAGACCCGUGUUGCAGGCAUAGAAAGCACUUCUCAGCUGUGAGCUUCACACCACACUGCAACCUAGUGCCUUUAAUCUGAAUCUGGGUUGAUUUUUUUUGUGAAAAACAGUUAAGUGACU